CCUCGUCACUUACAACGCCUGGAUUGUGCGACCUUGUCAUGUAUAUCGAACUUGGCUCUUAAUACUAUAUUCAGUCGCCAGUCACAAUGGCUCGGUCUAAAGCCAUUCGUGCUCCCACUACUGCCAGUCUUCCUAGCAACCUUCGCAUACCUUCUUCCACCCCAUCGCUAGUCAAGACGUUUGGCAAGCUGACUCGCCAGGCUUUACUUGACCUUGUCUUUCAGUGGCUUGAGGAUGGCAAUGUUCAGCACUUUCCGCCAUAUCUUCAAGGCAACGAAAGCGGCAAAAGAGAAGAGGAUGACGGUGACGAUGGACUCCGUCCCUAUCCCGCUGAGCGGACUAUCAACGGGGUCCGCAACGCCUACCAGGAGCUGCAGUUUCGAAAAGGGGGGAAACGCGAAGUCAUAGAUCGGAUUCUCGAAGGCGACUGGCGACAUGGCAUCACACUUCGUCAGCUGGCAAUGGUCGACCUGCGCUACAUGGACGACCAUCCGUCGGGUCUGCGCUGGACAGCUUUAGAACUCGCUCGCAUCGACAACUCGUCCUCGAACGAAUUUUCUGCAUGCAUACCGCGCGUUCACGCAUCGACGUUCCUAAGCAGCCUCCAGCAACAAAUCUCUCCCCUGGUGAAAGCCCACUACCACCUUGCCCGGUCGACCUCUCUCCCCCUCACAGUGCUCCGCGUCUUCGUCACCACCUCGCCUUACCAAACUGCUCCUCGUCAGAGUGUCGAAUCUCUCACCGACUCGUCUAGAACUAUUUAUGUCGCCUUUCCAGACAGUUGUCCAUUCUUUUACACAUCCAUGGCUUCUCCCCAGACAGCAUCCAAGGCUAGUCCGGCUCCCCCAAACUCCCUCGUCGCAACAGACGCUCGCAGCCUUCAGCGCCUGGUCCGAGAUGCGAUUCCCAAAGCCCUCUCUCUGCCCCAUCAACGCUACACCGUCAAACCCACUUCCUUAACAGCAAAGAGUCUCGAAGCCCUGCUCGCCCUUCGGGGCCCCGGUCGAUCCAACCAGGCCAACGGCGCAUUCAGCAUCUUCGCAGACGCCGCCUUGGAAGGAAGCCCCUUGGACCCACGGCCAUCCAACACCGUCUCUCCGGAGGAGCAUAACCGCCAAUCAGCGUCUGUCCACUCCAAGGAUACGGCCGGGAAAGAGAACACGGCGACUGACGCAAAGGAUGUCACGCUCGAAAACAAAAGGGCCUCGAAGCGAUCUUUCGCCGACCCCAAGGAUGCCGGUACCUCCAAGAAGCGGACUCUAGCCCUACAGUCCCGAUUCGGUACUUCGGGUACCUUGUCUUCUGCGCCGCUUGACAGACUCGAUGUUAGGCUACUCGAUGCCUUACCAGGUGAUGCAAAGCCAACAGAGCACGCUCGACAACUAACAGUCUCGCUGACGUUCGCUGGUACGGAUGUGAUUGGUGGGAUUCGCAAGCUUGCGGAGUUGGGCGUCAUUGACGCGGAGAGGAUGCCCUCCUGGAUGACGGGCGAGGAAGGGGUCAGUGUCGUUGUGGUGAGGGAGGGAAGGAGAGUGAUUAAGGCCGGUAGAUGAACUCUUCUGGCAUGAGCAUUAGUCGUUCAGCCAAUACGGUACUGUCAAUGCUUCGUGAGACGUUGAAUGAUACAGGCACCGUACUCAAGCACUUGGGACUUGAACAUCAGGUGUCCAAGUAGCUCGUCCCAUUCUCCAUUCCGCCAUGCCAUCGAAGCACCAUCAUCACUACUGAGAGGGGAAACAUGGUGGGGCACCUGUUGAAACAAGCAACGCACAAUCAACUUUGAUCUACCCGUGCCAUCAGCAUGGGUGAGGUCGAUCAAUUCGCCUGAGAAUGGCGGCGCCCUUUCUGACAGCACUGAAAAACAAAUCUCUCUUGGUCGGCUCCGGGCGUGUCGAACCCGGCUAGGUCAUCCUCGCUUCAGUCCAAA